GUUGACUUAGUAGCAUAACAACAUCAGAGCUAGACUUUUCUCCCAUCAUGCCUCUAAACAUGUGAAACACAUCUGAAAACAGAUUGCAUCUCUCCUGACCCCAGUGUUCACAUGGCACAAAUCAAACGGUCACAAUGGUCACUUUUCACUCCUUCCAAGUUUCCUUGGAAUUCAAACAAAUCCCUCCACCCCCUUAAAGCACCUCUUACCUAAAGUGUACACCCAUCAUUACAUCAUCCAAAAUGUGCCCUGACCCUGCCUCUCAUCAUGGGAACACCGCCACCGUUGGCCAAAAAAACGUCAUCAUCACUCCCCCGUCCCCGCGUCCUCCCCCUUCUUCACACCCUCUGCCACUUUUAUGCUGAUUGAAAAGAAAAAGUAAAUCUGUCAGGUGUAAUCUGCUGUGACGCCACUAAUCCCAACGCUACAAAUCAUAGGUCCCGUCCACUCUGCUCCACACAGACCCCUGCGACUCCCCGCCAGCAACUUCACAUCUGCCUCAGUACGAAGGUGAUUUAAAGAGCAGAAGACAUGGCUGUGGUGACUGGAACUUACCGUAUGGUGUCGGAGGAGGAGCAGGCUCUCAGAGCUAAGUUGGAACGUCUCACCGUCAAGGACCACGGGCAAGUGUUUGGACCCUGCGCCAGCCUGCCAGACCACACCAGGCAGAAGGCCAAGGACGAGCUGAACGAGACAGAUGAGAAGCGGGUGUCUGCGGUGAAGGAGCUGCGAGGGAUGAUCAAGGAGAAGGCAGAUGCAGGAGAUGAUCUGGCCAAGGGGGUGCAGGACACCUUCGGAGAGAAACCGGACAGUUUGCUGGUCCGCUUCAUCCGCGCCAGGAAGUACGACGUGCCUAGAGCCUUUGACCUUAUGAAGGGCUACGUGCGCUUCAGGAAGGAUUACCCCGAGCUGUUUGAGAAUCUGACCCCAGAGGCCGUGCGCAGCACCAUUGAGGCCGGCUACCCCGGCAUCCUGCAGAACAGAGACAAAUAUGGCCGUGUGGUUCUGCUCUUCAACAUCGAGAACUGGGACUAUGAGGAGAUCACCUUCGAUGAGAUCCUGCGUGCCUACUGUGUGAUCCUGGAGAAGCUGCUGGAGAAUGAAGAGACUCAGAUCAAUGGGUUCUGCAUCAUUGAGAACUUCAAGGGCUUCACCAUGCAGCAGGCGUCCGGGAUCAAACCCACCGAGCUCAAGAAGAUGGUGGACAUGUUGCAGGACUCAUUCCCUGCCCGUUUCAAAGCUGUGCACUUCAUCCACCAGCCCUGGUACUUCACCACCACCUACAACGUGGUCAAACCACUAAUGAAGAGCAAACUGCUAGAGAGAGUGUUCGUCCAUGGAGAUGAGCUGGAAAACUACUACAAGGAGUUUGACGCCGACAUCCUUCCAUCUGAGUUUGAUGGAAAAGGUGCCAAGUACGAUGGCAAGGCCACAGCAGCCAAGCUGUUCGACUAAACAUCCUCCAUCCAUUUGUCAAACAUGCAAAGAGCCGUUAUAUAUUACAAAGCCCCAUAGACUGUGGAGACUCAAAGCCCAAUCUAGCUGUGUGGUUGUAGGAAAAAAAAAGUUAUGAAUGAAAGUCACGAGUGUGGGAGAAGUUAAAAUGAUGUGAGGUCCACACAAAGCACAAACAGGAAUGAAGUGUUCUCACUUACACUCUAAAGUAUUCUGUAGACCAUUAAUUACAGGGUACAGAUUGGUUUCCAAAGCAUGAUAAGAUUUUGAGAAUAAUUUCCUACCUUCUAAUCAACCAUUGUUUUCAUUUCAUACCAAGAUAGUUUGAAAAUCAAUCAAACAUCUUAGUUUUAAAACUAGCGUGAAGUAGGUCGUUCAUCACGAUGGCCAUUUAGUUACCUUUACUUUUAAGGUCAAAUUUGUUGUUUUCACACAGUUAUGCAAUUUUGUGCAGGAGCUACUUUGAUGCUUCCUUCUUGGUGUGUCCAGAGUUUGCAGGGAAACAGUAAUCCUUAUUACAUGCACACACACACGCACACACACACACACACACACACACACACACACACACACACACACACACACACGCACAAUAACUGACUCACAAACAUGAGAUCUGAGAGCUUCCUGACAGUCACCAACAAGGAAGAAUUUUCAAAACAGGCUCACAACUGCAUUACUGUAAGUUUGAACAAAAAAUAAAGAUGGCCAAGUGUCCACUUUGCAAGUUGAUUUUCAUACCAAUCUGACAUGAAUGGAAGCUAAUGGCUGUCUGGGAGGCAUGGUUUGGGAAAUCAGUGUUACUGUAACCUACACAUGACUUGAAGUUAAUGUGCUAAAAAUGCAUAAGCACCAUAACUCUUUGACCAUUCAGAUUCAAUCAAGUAUUUUAAAUAUCAUUUUGUGAACAACAGAUAGAGAUUAUCUGCAUCUCUUCUGUGAAGUUGUGCUCUGUGUGGACUGUAGUUCAGCCACAUAGCUUGUUGUAACACUGGCAGGCCCCAGAUUUCUGUAUCCACUCUCUGAUUCCCCCGUCUCUCUGUGAAGUACAAGGCUGAUAUUCCAACAAGUGCCUGUCUCAUGUUUUUUAGAUUGUUCUUCAAUAUGAAUAUUAUAAAGUUUUACCCACUGUGCUACCUGUUGCACCAAUAAGAAUGUCAAUAAAUGUACAAUAAACUGUAUAUAAAUAUAAA